AUGAUGGAAGCAGAUCGACCUGGGAAACUGUUCAUAGGAGGCCUCAGUAGUGAGACCAAUGCAAAGACUCUGGAAGCAAUAUUUGAGAAAUAUGGCAACAUAAUGGAAGUUCUUUUGAUAAAGGAUCGUGAAACCAAGAAGUCCAGAGGCUUUGCAUUUAUUACUUUCGAGAACCCUACAGAUGCUAAGUAUGCUGCUAAAUACAUGAAUGGAAAGUCUUUGGAUGGAAAAGUAAUAAAAGUAGAGCAAGCCAACAAAUCAUCUUUUGAAAGUGGUGGUAGAUGGAGAGCACCACUUCCAAGAAACAGGGGCCCUUCAAGAAGUCAGAGAUACGGAAGAGGAGGAAGUGAAGGAUCAAGAGGGCAUCCCUCACGUGGAGGAAACUUGGAUGAUGGCGGAUAUACUGUUAAUCUCAACAUGAGUUCUUCAAGGGGACCCUUUCCAGUUAAAAGAGGCCCAUCUUCAAGAAGUGGAGGUCCUCCUCCUAAAAGAUCUGCUCCUUCUGCUCCAGCAAGAAGCAGUAGUGGAAUAGGAGUACGACGAGGCCCAGAAUCACGUGGAAGAGAAAAUUAUGGAGGUGCUCCAAGAAGAAAGCCAGUGUCUUCCCGGAGAGAUGACUAUAUGUCACCAAGAGAUGAUGGUUAUGCAGCUAAAGAAAGUUAUUCAAGCAGAGAUUAUCCAAGUUCCCGAGACACCAAGGAUUAUGCUCCACCAUCUAGACAGUAUUCAUACCGUGACUAUGGCCAUUAUGGUUCUCGGGAUGAACGUUCCUCUAGAGGAUAUAGUGAUCGUGAUGGCUACAGUGGAGGCCAUGAUAGAGAUUAUGCUGAACAUUCACGUGGAAGCUCUUACAGGGAUAGAUAUGAGACUUAUGGAAGCUCCUGUGGUGCACCACCUGCACGUGGGCCCCCGCUGACUUACGGUGGAAGAAGCAGUCGUUAUGAUGAUUAUAAUAGUUCACGAGAUGGAUAUGGUGGAAGUUGGGAGAGUUACUCGAGCAGCAGAAGUGAUGUCUAUUCUAGUAGUCGUGAGCGUGCUGGCAGACAAAAACGAGGGCUUCCUACUUCCAUGGAUAGGGUGUACCCUACUCCUCGUGAGUCAUACAUUAGCUCAAGUUGUAGGGCUUCCAGAGGAGAUCAUGGGGGAAGCCGAUCUGAAAGAGGUGGCAGAAGCAGAUAUUAA